CCAUCGCUGCGCCACCUCAUGCUGCGGCCGCCGGGGAGCCGUGGAAGGAGGGCGGCGAGCGGCGGGAACCCGCCUCGGCUCACUCGGCCCCGGGGCGCUGCCUCCCGGGGUUACCACUUGGGGCCACCCGAGCGCGCUGCCACCGCCGGAUGGCACCGGGCAGAGCCGGGAGUCAUCUUCCAGAGCCCGGGCCAGAGCUGGGGCGCACGGAGGCGCGGCGAGCCAGGCCGGGAGGGAGGCUCGCGCCCAGACUCACCCCUUUCAUCCGAAAUCAGAAGUGUCCGCCUGGCCGCUGCCCGGCCCGGAUGGGUGCCAAGGCCCGGGCGCCGGUCCCCGGGUGCGCAGGGCGGAGACGCCGCCGAUCGUGGGCCGCUGGCUCCGGCUCCGGUUUCGGAUCCCGCUCGCCCGCACUGAGCCCCGCGGCUGCCUGGCCGGCUGCAAACGCCGCGGAGCCCAGUGCACCCCGACCGCCAGCGGGCGGGCGUAUGCAAAGCAGCGGCGCGGAGAGCCAAUGGCAGCGGAGGAUGCUAAUUAGUUCGCCUUUCUUUUCAAAUUCCUCCCGGCCACGUGGCCCCGCCUCCAGACACGCCCCCAGCCUGGACCAAGGCUGCGCUAGUGGGGGGCGGCGGCUUGGGGAUCUGGAACCCACCUGGCUCAGGGACGAGAAGCUGCGUCCUGCUGCGGUUCCCACCUUCCGGACUCGGUGUGUGCACCUGUCUUCUCUCUCCCUGUGCAGACAGCAGACUCCUUGCAAGCGGCGGUCCCGUUCCUAACACGACACCUGCACUAUUGGACCUGCUCCCCAGUACCAGGGCAGAACAAAGCUAAGGCACACGGCUGCUUUGUUUGUGAAAGUGAAUGAUUUGCAAUCACCUGAAGCCACUGAGGGCGAGGGACCCCAGACACGGACAGUAGUGAGCACAUCAACAUUCUACUGGAAACCUCAUUCUGGAAGGAGAAAGAGAAGAAGAAGAGAAGGAGAAGGAGGAAGAGAAAGAAGAGGAGGCAGAGG